AUGGACGCUCUGAAGCAGUAUCUGGUGUAUGAGUGCUCAGAGUCGCUGAAUCCGCUACGCAUUCAGGCCAUCGAUACACUGUCCUCGAUCUCCCGCACGGUGGGCAAGGAGAAUUUCAUGCAUCUCGCCCAGGAUACAACGCAGUUUACGCUGACCAUGCUGGAGCAGGGUCCCGAUGAUCCGGAUAUGAGGCGUGCCAUCUAUAGUCUGAUUGGAGGGCUAGCUAUUGUGGUGACUGAGAAUAUGGCCACUGUGCUUCCGAAGAUCAUGGAACGGAUUCUACAGACGGUGGCCACGACAGAGCAGGACUGCAGGACUGAAAACGAACAGGAUGGUGAUGUUGAGGAUGAUGAUAAAGAUGACUCUGACGAUUAUGAGCUGCAGGUUCAAAAUGACUAUCUCUUUGAGAAGGCAGAGGCCAUAUUAACCUUGAAGGAAUUCGCUGUCAAUUCGUAUAAAUCCUUCUCGCCCUACCUCACAAGGGCACUCGAAGCAGUCUACAAGAACAUUGAUCAUGGACAGGAGGUCAUUCGCAAGGCAUCCGUCGAUGCGCUCUGCGCCUUUGUGAUUGCCCUCGAUAAUGUGCUGGACACAGAAGGCGUUUUGCGAGCCUGCGCCAUUCUCAUGCCAAAGUUUUCCAAACUCAUUCAGACUGACAAGGAACCGUGUGUGGUUCGUAAUUUACUUUGUGAGCUUGAUGAUCUCAUCCGAGCCGUUAAGUCGGCGGCCUUUGCUACGCCUGAACAGGCAGAGAUUGUUGUUGGUGCCAUUGCAGGUGUGCUACAGAAUAAUACGGCCUGUCAGGACAGUGAGCACAGUGGCGAUGGUGACGCUGGUGAGGUGGACAAUGAGGAAAGCGAGUGCAAUGAGGUGCUCGUUGAGAGUGCUUGCAAUUUGGUGGCCACAAUUGGACAAGCUCUCGAUCGGGACACAUUCUCGAUGUGCUUUGGCCGACUGUACCAUUUAUUAUUGGCCAAACUGGGAAUCGCUAAGCGAAAUGAUAAUCCAGGUCGUCGUUCCCUUGUCUACGGCGUCUUGUCCGAAUGCAUUCAACCAUUGGGAAUCCGUGUCAUCACUUAUUUCGAUGCCCUCUGUCCCGUGUUCCUUGAUGGCACCAACGACAGCAAACCAGAGGCGCGCCUGUGUUGCUUCUUCGGCCCUCUCAAUGCGAUCGCCAGCGAGAAGGAUGCCUCAUUACUGGACAAUAUCUGUGGUGCCCUGGCGCGCCUGAUUAUAACCAAUUUUAAUCUGGUGCCUCUGGCUAAUGUACUGCCUGUGUUCAUCUCCGUUCUGCCCAUUCGCACUGACUUGGUGGAGAAUGCUAUGGUGCUCAAGGCCUUCCGUGUGCUCUACGUGAAUGCGCGUCCCAGUGUUGUCGAUUUCAUUUGCCAAAUGGUUUCCAUCACUCUACAUGUGCUGUUCAAUGGGCAGUUUGACGAUUGCGAGUCCCAUGUCAGUGCCAUCACCUUCAUGUUAGAAAUUCAAAGUGAAUAUCCCAACCAUUUCAACAAUGUGGUCAACUCGUGUACGAGCGCGAAUUUCUUCUUGGAAUUCGUUCAGAGUGUCUUCAGCUAA